UAGUUACUAGGAAAUAAUUUAGGUUGUAGACAGACAUUUUGGUUGUUGCAUACUAGUACGUGUUGUGUGUUUUUCCCUGAAUUCUGAGCCUACCAGUUGAAGAAUGAGCGGCGCCCCACCACCAUACAACCCUGGCUAUGCCCAGCAGCCUCCACAACAAGGCUAUGGCCAGCCUCCUCCCCAAGGCUAUGCCCCUCAGCAGGGCUACCCUGCGGCCUCAUACCCUGCUCAGCAACAGCAGACAAACCAGACUGUAGUGGUGACCCAAGCUCCGGCAGCCGUCACUACUCAUUACGUUGUAAAGAAAGAGACCAACCAUAUCCUCCACUUCAUCAUCUGCCUGUUCUGCCCAUGGUGGAUCUUUGUGUGGAUUUGUGCCUGCAUCAUCAACAGUUAGACUGUUAGUUGAUCAAUGGGCAAUCAAAAUUAAUGUAGUGAUCUUGAACUGUACAUGUUAGUAGUUUCAUUUUUAUUCACUAGACUAGUAGUGCAGAGACAUUUUUAAUGACAUUAUGGUAAAGUAAUUAUAAUCAUGUGAGUGUACAAUCAUGUUAAGUGUUCAGUUUUUGCACUCGUUUGUCGUUUGCCGUUCAGUUAGCUGUUGUGAUUUGCUUGUAUUCAUUGUGCUUCCUGUUCUGUUG